AUGGAGCACGCACAGGACGAGCUGAGCCUCGAACUCACCCUGGCCGCCGCGGUCGUGGCGCCGGUGCCCGGCUUCUUCCUAUGCGUCUACUGCCACCGCAAGUUCCGCACCUCGCAGGCGCUCGGCGGCCACCAAAACGCGCACAAGGAAGAGCGUGCCGCUAAGCGCCGCCGGGACACUGCAGCCCCGACUGCGCACGCUUGGAAGCCAGGGAGGUCUGUGGCCGCUCUAUGGGUGUCCGAGGAGCCAGCAGCAGAAGGUGGCAUGGCGCACAAGCGCAGCAUGAGCUCGUCGGGGCGCGACCAUGAGCUCGACUUGUCCCUCCGGCUAUAA